AUGCAGGGAACCUGGGUGCUGCUGCUGUCGCUGAGUUUCAGGCUACAGCUGUCCUUUGGUGUCAUCCCAGGGGAGGAGGAGAGCCCGGCCUUCUGGAACCAAAAGGCAGCUGAGGCCUUGGAUGCCGCCAAGAAGCUACAGCCCAUUCAGACAUCAGCCAAGAACCUCAUCAUCUUUCUGGGGGACGGGAUGGGGGUGCCCACGGUGACAGCCACUCGGAUCCUAAAGGGACAACUGAAUGGCCACCUGGGACCCGAGACACCUCUGGCCAUGGACCGCUUCCCAUACAUGGCUCUGUCCAAGACAUACAACGUGGAUAGACAAGUCCCAGACAGUGCAGGCACAGCCACAGCCUAUCUCUGCGGGGUCAAGGCCAACUACAAGACCAUUGGUUUGAGCGCGGCAGCUCGAGUUGACCAGUGUAACACGACAUUUGGCAACGAGGUCAUCUCAGUGAUGUACCGAGCGAAGGAAGCAGGAAAGUCCGUGGGAGUGGUGACCACCACCCAGGUGCAGCAUGCCUCUCCAGCUGGGACCUAUGCACACACGGUGAACCGCAACUGGUACUCAGAUGCUGAAAUGCCUGCCUCGGCACUGCAGGAGGGCUGCAAGGACAUCGCCGCACAGCUGGUCUUCAACAUGGACAUUGACGUGAUCCUUGGUGGGGGCCGAAAGUUCAUGUUUCCCAAGGGGACUCCAGACCCUGAGUACCCGGAUGAUAGUUCCCAGUCUGGAGCCAGGCUGGAUAAACUGGACCUGGUGAAGGAGUGGCUGUUAAAGCACCAGGGGGCCCGGUAUGUUUGGAACCGCACAGAGCUCUUUGAGGCGUCCCAGGACUCGACAGUGACUCACCUCAUGGGCCUCUUUGAGCCAGUAGAAAUGAAAUAUGACAUCUAUAGAAACUCCUCGCUAGACCCAUCCCUGGAGGAGAUGACAGAGGUGGCCGUGCGCAUGCUGAGCAGGAACCCCCAAGGCUUUUAUCUCUUUGUGGAAGGGGGCCGCAUCGACCACGGUCACCAUGAGGGCAUAGCUUACCUGGCACUGACCGAAGCUGUCAUGUUCGACUCUGCCAUCGAUAGGGCAGGCCAGCUCACCAGUGAGCAGGACACGCUGACACUCAUCACCGCUGACCACUCCCAUGUUUUCACGUUUGGUGGCUACACACUUCGGGGGACCUCCAUCUUCGGGCUGGCUCCCCGCAGUGCUCAGGACGACAAGUCCUACACCUCCAUCCUAUAUGGCAAUGGCCCGGGCUAUGUGCUUAAUUCAGGAAACCGACCCAAUGUGACCGAGACUGAAAGUGGCGACAAAACAUACCGGCAGCAGGCGGCUGUGCCCCUGUCAUCGGAGACCCAUGGCGGCGAGGACGUGGCCAUAUUCGCGCGUGGCCCGCAGGCGCACCUGGUGCACGGAGUGCAGGAGCAGAGUUACGUCGCGCAUGUCAUGGCCUUUGCUGGUUGCCUGGAGCCCUACACCGACUGCCGCCUGGCGCCCCCUGCCGACCAGAGCAGCAGCACCACCACCCCAGGCCAGAGCAGUGCCUCCGGCCCAGGCCCAGCUCAGCUGUCCCUGCCGCUGUUCGGGGGGAUGCUGUUGCUAGUAGGGGUAGCUAUGGCGUCCUGA